CCCAAGCCCACAACAAAGCAAGCUCGAAGGCAAUCAAACAAUCAAUCCACUAACUACAACAAAAUUGCGCAAGACACAGAAAUUAGGGUUUCGGCCUGAAAAUCAAAUCCAAUUGCGCUCCCUCUACAAGUUCACCGUUAGAUUCAAACUGUGUGAGUGGUAGCACCAGAGGGCGAGGAGGAGAUGGAGAAGGAAUCGCCGUUGACGCUGGGAAAGCGAAGAGAAUCAGAACUCACUGACGACACUUCAAAGCCAAAGAAAGCUCGCAGUUCGGAACGCACGUGCGUUCACGAGGUAGCCGUUCCGAGCGGCUACGUCUCAAGCAAGGACGAACAACUUCACGGUACUCUCUCGAACCCUUUCUACGACGGUCCCAUGGCAAAGUCGUAUUCCUUCACCCUCGACCCUUUCCAGCAAGUCUCCAUUGCAUGCCUUGAACGAAAUGAGUCCGUUUUGGUGUCCGCACACACUUCCGCCGGCAAAACGGCAGUUGCAGAGUACGCCAUCGCAAUGUCGUUUAGGGACAAGCAAAGAGUCAUCUACACUUCCCCACUCAAAGCACUGAGCAACCAGAAGUACCGAGAACUCAGCCAAGAGUUUCAAGACGUUGGAUUAAUGACUGGCGAUGUAACGCUCUCUCCUAACGCCACGUGUCUUGUGAUGACAACGGAGAUUCUGAGGGGAAUGUUGUAUAGGGGUUCAGAGGUUUUGAAAGAAGUGGCGUGGGUUAUAUUCGAUGAGAUUCAUUACAUGAAGGACCGAGAAAGAGGUGUUGUUUGGGAAGAGAGUAUAAUCUUUUUGCCACCUGCUAUUAAGAUGGUUUUUCUUUCGGCUACUAUGUCCAAUGCCACUGAGUUUGCGGAGUGGAUUUGUAACAUUCAUAAGCAACCUUGUCAUGUGGUGUACACUGAUUUCAGACCUACUCCUUUGCAGCAUUAUGUUUUCCCCAUGGGGGGUAGUGGGUUGUAUUUGGUUGUGGAUGAGAAUGAGCAGUUCAGGGAGGACAAUUUUCUGAAGCUGCAGGAUACUUUUUCAAAGCAGAAACUGGGUGAUGCGAAUAGGGGUGCUAAAGGCAAUGGACGAAUUGGGAAAGGUGGCUCUGGUUCUGCUGGUUCAGACAUUUACAAGAUUGUUAAGAUGAUCAUGGAACGGAAAUUCCAACCUGUUAUCAUUUUUAGCUUCAGUAGAAGAGAGUGUGAACAGCAUGCAAUGUCUAUGUCCAAACUUGACUUCAAUACCGAAGAGGAAAAGGAUACAGUAGAGCAUGUUUUUCAAAAUGCAGUGCUCUGUUUGAAUGAAGAAGACAGGAGCUUGCCUGCCAUUGAGCUGAUGUUGCCACUUCUUCAGCGGGGGAUUGCUGUCCAUCAUUCUGGCCUUCUACCUGUUAUCAAAGAAUUGGUUGAACUUCUUUUCCAGGAAGGUCUUGUGAAAGCCCUCUUUGCUACUGAAACAUUUGCGAUGGGUUUAAAUAUGCCUGCAAAAACUGUUGUAUUCACUGCUGUUAAGAAGUGGGAUGGUGACAGUCACCGGUAUAUUGGAUCUGGUGAAUAUAUACAGAUGAGCGGAAGGGCUGGGCGUCGUGGCAAAGAUGAGCGUGGAAUUUGUAUCAUAAUGAUUGAUGAGCAGAUGGAAAUGAAUAACCUCAAAGACAUGGUUUUGGGUAAACCUGCUCCUUUAGUCAGUACAUUCAGGCUUAGCUACUAUUCAAUUUUAAAUUUGAUGAGCCGAGCAGAAGGCCAAUUCACUGCUGAGCACGUAAUAAGAAAUUCAUUUCAUCAAUUUCAAUAUGAAAAGGCCUUACCUGAUAUGGGGCAAAGGGUGGCAAAGCUGGAGCAGGAAGUAGCCUUGCUUGAUGCAUCGGGGGAGGCUGAAGUAUCUGAAUAUCAUAAACUAAAACUGGAAAUGGCACAGCUGGAGAAGAAGAUGAUGUCAAAAAUAAUAAGGCCUGAAAUGAUUCUUUAUUUUCUUGUCCCUGGUCGAUUGAUCAAAGUAAGAGAGGGUGGAACUGAUUGGGGCUGGGGUGUUGUAGUCAAUGUUGUUAAGAAACCUUCGGGUGGUGGUUAUAUAGUUGACACUUUACUUCAUUGUUCACCUGGUUCAAAUGAAAACAGCUCGCGGCCAAAACCAUGUCCACCCCGCCCUGGAGAGAAAGGUGAAAUGCAUGUGGUCCCUGUUCAAUUACCAUUAAUCUCUGCUCUUAGUAAACUGAGGAUAUUUAUACCUCCUGAUCUUCGGCCCUUGGAAGCUAGGCAAAGUAUACUGCUUGCUUUGCAGGAGCUGGGCAAUCGUUUUCCCCAAGGUCUUCCAAAGCUUAACCCUGUAAAGGACAUGAAUGUACAAGACUCAGAGAUAGUUGAACUAGUCAAUCAAAUAGAGGAACUUGAGAAAAAGUUGUUUGCUCAUCCUAUGCAUAAGCAUCAAGACGUGGAUCAAAUUAAAUGCUUUGAGAGGAAAGCAGAAGUGAAUCAUGAGAUUCAGCAACUGAAAACAAAAAUGCGGGAUUCUCAGCUACAAAAAUUUCGUGAAGAACUAAAGAAUCGCUCACGAGUAUUAAAGAAGCUUGGUCAUAUUGAUGCUGAUGGUGUAGUUCAGUUGAAGGGACGGGCAGCCUGCUUGAUUGACACAGGCGAUGAACUCCUUGUCACUGAAUUAAUGUUUAAUGGUACUUUUAAUGACCUUGAUCAUCAUCAAGUUGCUGCCCUUGCAAGUUGUUUCAUACCAGGAGAUAAGUCAAGUGAGCAGAUACAAUUGAGAACAGAGCUUGCAAGGCCACUACAACAGCUUCAAGAUAGUGCAAGAAGGAUAGCAGAGAUACAACAUGAAUGCAAAUUGGAUAUAAAUGUGAAUGAAUAUGUGGAGUCAACAGUAAGGCCAUACUUGAUGGAUGUGAUAUACUCUUGGUCAAAGGGAGCAAACUUUGCAGAUGUGAUACAAAUGACUGACAUCUUUGAGGGGAGUAUCAUUCGGAGUGCUAGAAGGCUUGACGAGUUUUUAAAUCAGUUGCAUGCUGCUGCUAAUGCAGUAGGAGAGGCUGACUUGGAGAAGAAAUUUGCAGCAGCAAGCGAAAGCCUUCGACGAGGGAUUAUGUUUGCAAAUUCCCUGUAUCUGUGAGACUGUUUUCCUGAAGGCCGUUUGUUAUAUUCAUUGUUAUUCCGGCAGGGAGAAAGUUUUUACUUUCGCAUUCCACCUUUCUGGAUGCGCUCAAUUCCUUGUCAUGUGAGCUUUCCGGUGUAAAUAUCUGUAUUCUAUUUAGAAUCCACAUGUAUACAGUCACAUGUAGUGAAGGGAGUGAUUGUAAAGUGAUAGAAAAAUCUUGUCAAUAGAAGGUAAAAUCCGGUCAAUAGAAGGCCCGGUGCGGUAUGAUUACAUUUGGGUCCAUCUUGUUCAGAGUUGGUAGGUAAUUAACCUGGACUUCAGAACCCUCGCCUCUUGGGGCUUGAGGGGUGAGGUGGCGAAGAUAUUACAGUAAACGAGUCAUUAAUUUUCAGACGAGUCAUUGGCCUGUAAUUUACUGAAAUUCAGUACAAAUUUUGAUUGACAGUUUAUAGUUUAGUGAUCAUUUAAUGCUUGUUUUAAUUAGCUUUUCAGACGCCACAUAGCAUUGAUUUGGCUGAAGGAAAAUUUUUGCGGUGCGUUGAGAUAAAUCUCAUCAUGACAUGAUUUGAUUGGUCGAAUAAAGUCAUUCUAUG